AAAGGGAAAACAGUAUGAAUAUACUUGUAAAACAAUUCAUCUUGUUUGGCCUGUUCGUUACAGCCUCCUGCUACAACUGUACGAAUGAUGGUCAAUGUAGCGGGAAGGUCAGCUGUCCAAGUGGUCAGAUGGUAGCUUGCUCACGAAGACAAUGUACCUGCAAAGUGGGGACAUGGUGUUUGUUUGAUCGUAACUGCAGAGAUGACUGCUACCCAAAUCAAAUAUAUGAUUGUCGGUUUUUACGAUGUUAUUGUCACUAAAUAAUAAACACUGAAAAAUAAAGAA